UAGAGAUGUAUGUUCCGUACCAUCAAACGCUCGUAACAAUGUUUCUCUGGCUCCUUUUCUCUUCCGUGCUUGCUACUUCCCAAAUGUCAGGUGGCGCUUUCUGGAGUGUGUCAUUGUGGGUCAUUCUUCAGGCGGAAUUUCUCCCUUUCAUUUCUGCUGCUCCUGUAAAUGUCAUUGUCCGACCGGGUAGUGGCACGCACGUUCAAGUCGGGCCCAUGAACGCGAUAGUGCAGCCUGGUUAUUCGAUAUUUAGACCAUUGGGAAUACUGGUUGAUGUACCGACUAUCCUAUAUUUGCGCGUUGUUAGCCAUCCCCUAGGAGGAACAGGUGUCAACAUUAAUCUUCCAAUCCUAGAUAAAAUGCGGAGCUAUGCGAAACUUCCUGCUGCACUUGACGAUUCUGUCGACGGGGAAAGCGUUGACGGUACUGCCGAAAUGACCACGAAAAAAGAUGUACCUGUUACAAAUUCAAUAGACAUCUCAGUUGGCAAGCACGAUACAAACGAAGUGGUUAUUCAUCAAGACACUAAUAUAACAACCGUUAUACAAAGAAAAAUAGAAAGACGCGAUCUUUCGAAGGUAUAAAUAAAGUAGAGGAUCUCUUUGACUUAGCUCGGCUAGAGAAUAGGUGCGGUGCAAUGAUCACACUGAGUUAAUGGUAACGAAUUCUCGAGCUUAAUUUUUGAACAGAUUUAGCGUUUGUUCAUCGCAGAUUUGUUUUACACACGUGUUUGUUUACCUUAAACAACAUCAUAUUAACGACUAUAUUACAUAGAGUAUGCCAUUACGUAUGAUAAGCGGACCGUGUAGUCUGUCUAAUUCUCUACAUCCCUCUAAGGACCUAGAAGCGGUGAAACCUUCAGUGUUAGGCGGUACCACUAAUUAUACGAACGAUGGCCCUUCAAUUAACAUUUCAAUAAACAAAGUUAAGGUACUUCCUCGUAUCUAGUUCUAUUACAUUUCCUUUAAAUAGCGAUGUCAUUAAACAGGCGAUUAUAAUGGCUCUCAUCGUCUUUGUCAUUAUCAGCACUUCUUCCACACCUUUUUAUCACCAGCUAAGUGGGACAAUUCCUCGUUGUAGGAUGGUUUUCCUUCAAGUUCUUUCCGCUUUCCUUUACUUUGCUUUUCUGCUCUUGCAGUCGGAUAAUAAAUAGCUAGGUAACGUAUAGGCAUUCCAUUUUUUAUAGCAAUUACACUACUACUACUACUACUACUACUACUAUGGCACAUGCGACCCGAAAAUAGCGCUUCUUUUUAAAGAGCGAGAAAAACCUGCUGCGUCCUUUCCAUUUCGUUUGUGAGAGGCAAUAUUUGUGCUACUCCCGGGGAUUUGUCGUUCUUUGUGACAGAGCCGCUUAAUGGCUUAUC